AUUAAUUUUGACAAUGUCGCAACUAUUGAAGGAUCUAUUGCUUAUUGUAAGAAAACUUAUAAUAAAUGCAAAAUCCAUAAUCGACAACUUGUAGAAGAUUCAAACGAUCCAAGAAUUAAAAUCAAAGGAAAUACUAUAGUUGAUAAAAAAACACAAAGUAUUGUGAAAGUUUGCAAAUGUAGUUACGAUAAUUUGAUAGAAUUUUGCAUUUGGUGUAAUGCAGAAUGUUGUUCUAAAAGAACAUUAGCUCGUUAUGAUGAUAAAUCUGGCCCAUUCGAUUAUAUUUUAGAUGAAGAAAUAAAAAGCACUAACAGACAAGGAGCAAAUCAAUAUAUUAAACCUGAAACUAUACGUAAAGCAGCAAUAGAUACAAUGAAUGAUAUUUUAAAUCCACAAUUUUCUUUUGAAGAAGCAAUCAUUAAAAAUGCUGAGAACAAUCCUCAUUGGAUAGAGACAAAUUUAUUAAAUGCAAAAAUUAUUUAUGAAGCUAAAGAAAAGAUUAAUAAUAUAACAAUAUCAUUUGCACGUUGUUGGAAAUCAUGUAACAUAUUCAUCUAUGGUUCGCCUGGUACUGGUAAAUCAUAUUUGUUAGAUAUUUUAUUUCCUGAUGCGUAUAAAAAACCUGUAAAUGAUCCAAAAUGGUGGCAUAAAUAUAAAGAACACGACGAAGUUAUAAUUAACGAAUUAUCAGGAUCCACAUUUCAAUAUCAAGAGCUCUUAAAUCUUUUAGAUAGAUUCGAAUAUAAUGUGCAAAUCAAAGGAUCACAUAUCAAUUAUUCACCUUUUAUACAAUGUUUCACUUCAAAUAUUCCUUUAGAAGAAUUAUACAGAUACGCUGAAACAGAACCAAGAAUUAGAAAUAACGAAUCUUGGGUACCGAAUCGUAAAUAUUAUAAUGCUCUUGAAAGACGUUUCGAUUAUAUUAUAGAAUAUCAAAGA